UGAGCUAUACUAUACUGUAAACUAGUGUUGUUUUGUGUGUUAUUAAUUAUCUCAUAUGCCUUUCCUUUAGAGUCCAUAAUUUGCUGAAUGAAAAUAGCUUUUUUAUAUAUAAAUCUCAUACAUAUAUAUAUAGAUAAGCUUACAGUGCACUCCCUGUCCGCUAUAUUGCAUACAUAAAACUCAGUCUCUAUCCUAACAUCUCGUUAGUGACUUUACAACGAGUGAAGCGACAACUAAUUGAGCAUUCAUUUAGUUGGUCUAAAAUAAGCUCAUCUUUAUAUACAUAUAUAUAUAUAUACUCUUAAAGAUUGUGUCAUUAAGUCAAUGAAAUCCAACGACAAAAACGGGCCAUAAAUACAAAAGUUAUUUAUUUUUAUUUAUUUUUUCGCUUUAAGUUUUUUUUCGCUGUAAAAACAACAAACAUUGCAUGUAUUAGAUGUGAUAGACUUCUACCAUAACAGAGACUGAUCAGUGAAUUUAAGUUUUAAAAAAAGUCAGUCAAACUUUUUGUUAUUUUUAAAAAAUAUUUCACUCAUAAAAACUUACAGCUAUUUUGUCUGAGUAAGAAGAAGAAGUAAAAAAUGGCGAACGCCUUCUCAAUCGUCAGAAUAGUUUUAAUGGUUUUCCUCAUCAUUGUGUUGGUACUGAUGAUCGUCUACUUUGUACAGGCAUUGAUGGCCAUCAAUAAAAACCAAUACAAUCGUAAAGACAACAUCAAUACGGCUAUCACUACGGCCCUGAUAUCGGCCAACGCCAUACUGGGACUGAUGGGCGCCUAUAAGGAGCACUUCCUGUUCACCCUUAUCUUUGCCAUCGCACAGACUGUGCUCAUCAUAUUGGGCUUUGUAUUGCACACCGAGACCUGGUUUGCCAUACCGUGGAUCGGUUCAGCCAUACUGGCCUAUGUGUUCGCCUUUCUCAUUAAACAGGGACAUACCUCAUAAGUAAUUUGAUAUACACUUACAUAUAUUAAUAGAAACACUUUAUUAAUCAUAUUUUUCAGUUUAUAUAAUCAAUUAUUAAUUACACUAUUUAUUAUAUAAACUUA